UUUUGAUCAGCUCAAAAUGGCUGUUGUGAACUUGAAGAAACAAGCCAAUAAGAAAAAUGAGGGGAGUCUAGCUUAUGUGAAAGGAGGUCUCAGCACAUUUUUUGAAGCACAAGAUGCUCUGUCAGCAAUCCAUCAAAAACUGGAAGCGGAUGGAACGGAAAAAGUAGAAGGAUCCAUGACGCAAAAACUGGAGAAUGUACUGAACAGAGCCAGUAACACAGCAGAUACCUUAUUCCAAGAAGUGCUGGGUCGCAAGGACAAAGCUGAUUCAACGAGAAAUGCACUUAAUGUUCUUCAGCGUUUUAAAUUUCUUUUCAACCUUCCCCUGAAUAUUGAAAGAAAUAUCCAGAAGGGCGAUUAUGAUGUGGUUAUUAAUGACUACGAAAAAGCCAAGUCACUCUUUGGAAAGACAGAGGUUCAAGUGUUCAAAAAAUAUUAUGCUGAAGUUGAAACCAGAAUUGAAGCUUUAAGAAAACUUCUGUUGGAUAAGCUGCUUGAAACUCCGUCAACAUUGCAUGAUCAGAAACGUUAUAUAAGAUAUCUUUCUGAUCUUCAUGCGCCUGGGGACCCUGCUUGGCAGUGCAUUGGUGCUCAACAUCAGUGGAUUCUGCAGCUCAUGCACAACUGUAAGGAGAGCUAUGUUAAAGAACAAAAAGGCAGCUCAUUGCUCCACAGUCCUAUGUUAGACCUGGACAGUGAUGUGCGUCCAUCACCAGUUGGCCAUCUUGGUCAAACUGCUUCAUUGAAAAGGGGCAGCAGCUUUCAGUCUGGCCGUGAUGAUGCUUGGCGAUACAAAGCUCCUCAGCAAGUUGUGUUUGUUGAAAAGUUGACAAAACUUGUUGUAAGUCAGCUGCCCAACUUCUGGAAGCUCUGGAUUUCUUAUGUGAAUGGAAGUUUAUUCAGCGAGACUGCUGAAAAAUCUGGCCAAAUGGAAAGAUCAAAGAAAAACGCUAGGCAAAGACAAAAUGAUUUCAAGAAAAUGAUUCAGGAAGUGAUGCACUCUCUGGUAAAACUUAUCCGUGGAGCUUUGCUUCCAUUCAGCCUCAGGGAAGGAGAAUCAAGACAGUAUGGUGGCUGGGAGAUGAAAUCUGAACUUUCUGGCCAGUGGCUAACACAUGUUAUCCAGACUGUAAGGCUUAGUUCUGAGUCUCUUACUGCACUCGAGAUACCCAAUGAUAUGCUUCAGAUCAUCCAGGAUCUUAUUUUGGACCUUCGUGUACGUUGCAUUAUAGUGACCUUACAACAUACAGCUGAAGAUAUAAAGAGGUUAGCUGAAAAAGAAGACUGGGUUGUUGACAAUGAAGGUUUGACAUCGUUG